AUGGCGAGCCAAGUAGGAUGCUCCGUAAUUCCCAACAGAAUUAGCGGGGCCAAAGUCGAACCUUCGGUGCCAAUGUUGUAUCGGAUCGCCGACCUGUAUGGUAUUUAUAGUGCAGCGUCCAACUUUCGAAUAUCAACCUUAGUGAUUGGUGUAGGAACCACAAUCAAUGCAUGGCGCGAGUCUGUUGAUGUUGCGGGAACUUCUGCAAUACUGUCAGCUACCGAAUGUCCUGCAUUAAAUUGGUCUUCUCCAAUUCCUCCUAUUGAGGGUGUCAUGCUAUUAUUGGUACGCGUAGCCGGUCGUCGAUAUGUCUUGUAUUUACGUCUACGACAAAACCAGAUUCCCAAAACCAAUAAUACAAUAGCGGCAGCUCCAGACACGCUCGAAGCAGAUAACGCCCAAAGCAAACUAACACUCGAAGCAAAUCCAUUAAACGUUACUAUCAAGAUGUCCGCCGCACCGUCCGAGAAAGCCCAAGCGUUCAUGCAGAAGCUCGUCCAGACGCUCAAUCACGGUGCGCUCUGUUUAAUGAUAUCCAUCGGUUACCGAACCGGUCUCUUUGACACACUUGCAGGAUUCUACCCGGAAUUUGUCACGUCGCAAGCACUCGCUUCAAAAGCCAACCUCAACGAGCGCUAUGUUAGGGAAUGGCUAGGAGCCGUGGUAAUCGGAGAAAUCGUCGAAUACAACAGCGAAGCAAAGACUUAUAGGCUUCCCAAAGAACAUGCGCCAUAUCUUACCAGAGCGUUCGGGGCUGAAAAUUAUUCGAUCUAUUCGCAAUAUAUCCCGAUAUUGGGAUCAGUUGAAGAUGGUAUUAUACAAUGCUUCAAGAACGGUGGCGGAUUGCGAGAAGAAGCGUUUACCCGGUUCCACGAAUUGAUGGUUGACGAAACUCACCUAGCUGUUGGAUCCGUGCUGCACAGCGUCGUUCUCCCCGGUCUGCCUCAAUUGCAUGACAAACUCAAGAGUGGAAGCAAACUGGUCGACGUCGGUUGCGGACGCGGCAAAAUUAUUCUUGACCUUGCCAAAACCUUCCCUAAUAGUACUUUUGUUGGAUACGAUAUCUCGGAACAUCUUAUAGCCGCUGCCAACGCUGAUGUAGCUUCCUCCGGGCUCACUAAUAUUUCCUUCCGUGUACAAGAUAUCGCUCAGCUGCAAGAAGUCGGAGAAUACGAUGUCGUCCUCACAAUUCACACUAUACAUGAUCUAGCCGAUCCAGCAGGUGCAUUGAAGCGUAUUCAUGGUGCGUUGAAGGCUGAUGGAGUGUUCGUUAUGCAGGAUGCUAGUUUUUCACAUGAGCUUGAGAAGAACAAAAAUCAAAUCUUUGGUGUGGGAGUCUAUGCAGUUAGUACCAUCCACUGUACGUCUGUGUCUUUGGCUGAAGGGGGUCCAGGUUUAGGAAUGACAUGGGGAACAGAGAAUGUUGUAAAAUUGCUAAAGGAGACUGGAUUUAGUAAGACUGAAGAUAUCAUUGAGCUUCCUCAUGAUCCUAGUCGUGUCUGGUAUGUCAGCUGGAAAUAA